CGCCUGAGGGGGCAUCAUGUAUCUAGGCCACACAAAGCAGGCUGUGGGUUCAUUGUUGCGCCUACCAGCAGGUCUGUCUCUGCCCCAGGGACGAGGCCUCUCCACACAUCUCCUGACUGUUCACCAUGCAUCUUACCCAGCUCAACCGUGAGUGUCUCCUCCACCUUUUCUCCUUCCUGGACAAGGACAGCCGCAGAAGUUUGUCUCUUACCUGUCGUCAGCUCCGGGAGGUCUACCUUGACCCCUGUCUGUGGAACCUACUCCACUUUAGCUCCCCUUGUCAGCUCAGAUGGGACAACUAUGUGCUUGGACCCUCAUUGCGUUACUUAACUAUAUGCUGGUAUUCCAGCAGAGUCCAACUUGUGUGCAACAUUGAGGACUGGUUAAAGAGUUCAUUCCAGAAGGAUAUCUGCAGCAAACAUGAGAGCCUGGUCAGCACUUUCCUGGCCCAUGUGUGCCACAUGUGUCCAAACCUUCUUGCCCUGACACUGUCCGGCUGUGCGCACAUCACCGACCAGGACGUGGUCUCAGUGCUGCAGUGCUGCAAGAAGCUGCGCAUCCUCCGCCUGGAAAACUGCGUCCGCAUCACAGACCGCAGCCUGCAGGCUGUGGCAGAGCAUGGGGACAGCCUGGAGGAGGUAAGAGUGGAUUUCUGCAGAAACAUCACUCAGGCGGGACUGCAGAGCUGUAAGGAGAUGAGACCAGGCAUCCAGCUGAGUGCGGAGAGGAGUGCUGAUAUGAUUCCUGAUAGCAAGCCUGAGGAGAAGGAGCCGCUGCAAAAAGCUUUACAGAAAUUCCUCCUGUACUCCUGAAGAAUGCUCUGACACCUUUAUAUGAGGACUUUGCAGUGAUGAAUUUUCCCCUUUUUUGUAUUUUUUUGUAAAUUAUUCUUUCCUUUUCUUUUUUUUUUUUUAGAAUUUUAUACAUCUUUAUUAUUCAUAUUUGUAUCUUAUAAGGUUUUCUUAUUACAAAGACACAUAAACUCCUGUCAGAGUCUUACCCUGACUUCACAUUCCCUCUAAUUCUCAAGCUGAUCCUGGAAUACUGUAAAUAUGCUUUUAAACCUGUUUAAAUAUACUAGAGGGAUGAUAACAUGGACAUUAAAUAGAGAAGAUUUAUUCUGCUCCUACACAAAAGCUAAAAACUCAUGAGAGCCUCUUCCUUUUAGUGACAAACAGAUUUUCUUAUCUUUGCUCGGUGUGUACGAAGAAAAUGAAAACUCCCCUUUUUACAAGAAAGCAUGUGUGAGGUAAUUUCUAAGCAAUAUAUUUCUUGGUAGCAGUGACUUCCUGAAAGCCUCUUAUAUCUGUUUAUGUCAAAGGUCUGUUUACUGAAAGCAUUGGAUCAUGAAAUAGAAUAUACACUCAGGGGCGACUUUAUUAGGUAUGUCGUACCAGGUAGAACCAAACUUCGCCUUAAGGACUGAUUUAACUCUUUGUGAUGCACAGUAGGUUAAAAACAAGUAUGAGACACAUGGAUCCUUUUUGGAUGAUUCACACAAAAGGUCAAAAAUUUCCCUAAUUAAGACUAUUAAUGUUUUAUGAAAAAGAAAUGUGAAUGACACUGGGAACAAUUAUACAAACUGUGAAGAUAAAGAUGAGCAGAAAACUGCUGAAAUCUGCCAGCAUUCAGAAAGUGUUGUUGCUUUGUCUAAAUCAAUACCAGUGGCUUUAAUAUUAACUAGUGGCCAUUGAAAAGGUUCCUCUUUUCCAAAGUGCUGCACAUAAUAUUUACCUAUAAUUUAUGUAACAAUGUUAUUUUAUUUUUAUUUUUUUGCAUGUAUUAUGCGCUUGGUUGUUGCUUGCCGAUUAUUUUUUAUGUCAAUAGAAACAUGAGAGAUAUUUCAGCUCAAUUACUCAUUUCAUGCAUGAAAUACUUAUUUUUAUCUGCAAUGACUCCUGUAAAGUGCUAGAAAGCAAGAACACUUCCUCAUGAAUUUUGGUCCAUAUUGGAGUAAAGUUAUAAUGCAGUUGUUGCAGAUUUGUCUGCUGCAUGUGUGCAUACCUGUCUGUCUGUCUGUCUGUCGAUUGGUCUGAGAUAUACUGAUCCAAAAUAAAAUUAUGUCUAUUACACACUAAUAGCCUAAAUACAAUUUCCCAAACCGAUUUCUGUUCGAUGAGUGGCUGCUCAGAGGUCAGACAAUAAAAACCUAUUAGCAAUGAUUUUAAAACGCCCUUAGCUGAGGACUUUCCAGAAUAGACAGCUGGAGGCAAAUCUAUCUGCUUGUACACAGCUCGAAAAAAAAAAAAAAAAAAAUUAAGGAUUUAGAAAGGUUGAGUUUAAAGAUGAUUUUAAA